GCGCUCCCAUUGGCUGCGGCGGGGCCGCGCCGCGCUCUGAUUGGUCCCCCGCGGAGCCGGGGGCGGUUUGAGCGGCAGCGCCCGGCGCGGCGGCGGCUCCCGGUCCGGCACGAUGCUGCCCCUGUCCUUGCUGAAGACGGCGCAGAACCACCCCAUGCUGGUGGAGCUGAAGAACGGCGAGACGUACAACGGGCACCUGGUGAGCUGCGACAACUGGAUGAACAUCAACCUGCGGGAGGUUAUCUGCACAUCGCGGGACGGGGACAAGUUCUGGAGGAUGCCGGAGUGCUACAUCCGCGGCAGCACCAUCAAGUACCUGCGGAUCCCUGACGAGAUCAUUGACAUGGUGAAGGAGGAGGUGGUGUCCAAGGGCAGGGGCCGUGGUGGCAUGCAGCAGCAGAAGCAGCAGAAGGGCCGUGGCGUUGGAGGAGCUGGCCGAGGUGUGUUUGGCGGCCGUGGCCGAGGGAUCCCGGGCAGUGGAAGAGGCCAGCAGGAGAAGAAGCCAGGCAGGCAAUCAGCCAAGCAGUGAGGGCCAGGGACGCUUCGGGUUCUGUCACCUCAGGGCUGCCACGUGUCCCAAAAAAAGGUUCCCUUUCCCACUCCCCCAUCAGAACCAGAGCCCAGAUCAUGUUCCUUGGGAAGCCCCUCACGCUUUAGGCUGGUGGAGUUUUUGCUCCUUGUAGUCAGUAAAUCAUUGGAAAUGCUCCUUAAAAAUUUGUUCGUGGUUAAGGACCGAGGUUCUGCCUUCUCCUGAGAGUGAAUUUUUCAGGCCUACCAGGUUUAAUUUAAAAUAUUUUCCUCUCCAGAGGUACCAGUAGAAGGCAAACACUUUCUGGAUUGCUUGGAUUUUUUUUAAUUUUUUUUUUUUAAUACUUGAAACUUGGGAAACUGGUUUUGUUUGUAACAGACGCGUUUUGGUUUAAAAACACUGAACUUGAGGACGUUGUGUCUGUAUUUGAAUAGUCCUAAAGGUUUGGGGUUUUUUUUAAACCAACAAACUUUGAAGCUCUUUUCUUCUCCUGGCCAGUGGCUUUAAGGAGGGAUGAACACUGGCCUUCAAGGCUUGUUCCCAAGAGAGCUUUGUGACAAAUGAGCAUUUCCCAAUUAGUUCAUUGCUAAUUUGACUUCAGAUUAGAAGUUUCCUUCAAAGGAACAGGGGGGGUUUUUUUCUGUGUUUCUUCUUUUUUUUUUUUUUUUUUUUUGCAUGAGGCUGGUGCCCCCCUUAUUCCUUGUGGGGGAUUCAAAUUCAUUUUUAACACCAACUUGAGUUGAUUUACGUGGGUUUAUUUUUCCCCCUUGCUUUGAAAACUCUCUCCCUUCUGCCGUGACACCGAGUGCUGAACUCUGACAAGGUUCCUCCACCUAAUUUCUUCAGUAGCUGGUGGUUGACCUCGCUGGCUGUAGCUGUCACUUCCUCCCCCAGCCACCAAUUAUCCUCCCGUGGGGACACAGGCCAGCCUGUGAACGUGUCCCUCCUGUAGGUUCAGAGAACUCCUGGGAAUCCCCAGGUCAGGUUACUCCAGUCUUCCACCCCGUGAGCAAAACACGCCCUCAGAAUCUCCUGGCUGAUCCCAGUCGAGCACAUGGGGGGAAGAAGCAGCUCUGGGUGCGCCUCACCCCCCCGGAUGGAUGAAUUUUGGGGAGGGGGGAAUUGAUCUUGAUUGAUCUUGUGACUUGUUUUGAGCAGGUUUUGGGGGUUUCUACAGCUGGUUCUCGUAUUGGAGGCUCUGCUGUGGCCACUGUGCUGAAAAGGAGUGAAGAACACGCUUUUAUAGACUUAUUUUUUUAAUGUUUAUAGAACUGGGCACAGUGGUGAGUGAGAAUAAAUCUCCAGCCUCUUCCA